UGUUUUUUAAGAUUAAAAAUGUGUACGGUAUAAAUUAUUACAAUGGGGCACUAAAUAAGCCUCAAUGUAGUACACACGUAGUGGUUAGAAGAUAAUGCUGAAAAUAGGUAAAGGUUUAAAGAAGAAGAAAAAAUCAAAAAAACAUAAAAAAGACGAAGAAUUAUUUACACAAGAGGAGUUAGAACAAUACAAGCGUGAACACCAACAACGAUCUACUGCUGCACACAGCACUACUGAAACAACAAAAGCACAAGAUCAAGACGAAUGGAAGAAAUUUAAUGAACUAACAACUGGUAUUGAUAGUAUCUUACAUAAAACUAAAGACGACUUAGAUCGAAUCAAACAAACAUCAUUCUUUAAACGAACUCCUCCACCGAAACCUGCACCACCUCCAAAACCAGCAGCUCCCGAAGGGCAUUCUACAAAUAAAGAUCAAACUUACACUCUUGCUGAUUUUAAACAACCACAACAACAGCCGCAAUCUGAAGCAGCUGUAGCAAACGUAGUUUUAUUAGAAGAAUCAGGUAGUGAAUACGAAACCGAUGAGGAUGAUAACUUAUUUGAUACGUCAUAUGUAGAUGUUGUUGCAAGUGGAGAAAUAAAACUAGCUUAUAUACCUGAUGAUGACGAUCAGAACGACGGUACAGAUGAUAUAGAUCCAUUUGAUACAUCCGCUGCUGAUAAAAUAAUACGUGGUCCAGAAGUAUCGAAAAAAGGCAAAAAAUUAGUUUCAAUUGGAUCUGCAGUUGAAGUAUUAACUGGUCGUGUUGAUCCAUCGUGUUUAACAACAACAAGAUCCCCAUCAAUACGUCGUAAACAUCAAAUUGAUGAUUUAUUAAUUGUUGACGAACCGCAAGAACAGCUUCAAACUGAUUCGAAUGGUAAUAACGUCACUGUUGCUACAACAACAUCAGCACCGAAAAGUUUAUUAGAUGACGAUAUCGAUGAUAUUGUCAUUCCUGAGCCAACAAUAACAUUACCAUCCACAACAACAAGUAAUCAAAAAGAACUUCAACAACAGCAACAACAAGAAUCAAAACACGUUCUUGAUUUAAAUGAAUUUGAUGUAUUAGCUACAACCCAAACUGAUGAAUUAGAUGAUGAAUUUACAAGUCUAGCUGCGGAAUCAUUAAAAACAACAGUUCCAGUUGUAUUAGAUGCAAAACAGAUUCAAAUAGAACCAAAGGUUGAAAUCGAUACACAGCAAUGGAAUGCAUUCGACAAUGAGCCAAAACCAACAACAAAUCAAUUAAACGUAUUGCAAAAAGAUUUACUUGGUGGUAGCACAACAGAUUUAUCACAAUUACAUGAUACAAUUACACCAAUUACAACAUUCAAUGAAAUUGAUAAUGAGAAUGAUGAUAUAGAUCCAUUCGAUACAAGCUCAAUUGAGAAAAUUAAUAUACCUGGAAAAGUUGAACUAAAAUUUAUUGAAGCUGAAUUAUUGGGUGAUAAACCACAACCAAAACAAUCAGCAUUAACAAGUGACGAUUUUGAUGACGAUGAUUUUAAUCCACGACAAGACGAACCACCCCAACAAAAACAAAUAAUUACACCAGAUGAUUUAUUUGAGAAAACUGAUGAUAAUGAUUUAUCAGUUUUACAAUCAAUAGAAACAUUACAAACACCUGCGCUAAAACCAACACCUGCAUUAUCGGCGGAUAACCAAUUGGAAGAUUAUUUAGAAGAUCCAUUUGAUACAACAUUUAUUGCUACGGUUGUACCAGGUAAAGCUGAGUUGAAAUUAAUUGAAAAUGAAUUAGCAACGAUUGAAGAAGCUAAAAAUAAUGCACCAAGUUCAAAAUUAAAUCAAUUAUUAGAGCAACAACAAAAGCAACAGUUAUUACAACAGCAACAAGAACAAGUUCAGCAAGAAAAAGAAGAAAUAACUGAUUUAUUAGUUGUUGACCAUGAUAAUGAUGAUAUAAUAAAUACAAAAGUAUUAACACCAGUGAAUCCAAAUGAUAAUAUUGAUGAUCAAUUAACUUACGUUGAUCCCUUUGAUACAACAAAUUCAUUUAAUAUAUUACCUGGUAAAGCUGAAUUAAAAUUAUUGGAAAAUGAGUUAUUAACCAUACAAGAAUCAUCCACAACAGCAGCGACAACUAUCAGUAAACAAGAGAAAUUAAAUGAUUUACUAACAUCAUUAGAUGAUGCAGAUGAUCAACAUUUCAUACAUAAUUUACAACCAUUAACUCCAGCAGCUACAACAAGUGCUGAACAACAGCAACAAGAACAAGAACAAGACGAAGAUUUUGAUCCAUUUGAUACAACAUCGGUAACAACAAAUUUAGUACCGGGUGCUGUUGAAUUAAAAUUAAUUGAAUCUGAACUAACAAUAAACAUGGAAGUAUCUGGUGCUAAUCCAUUUUUAAUGAUGGGUGCUGAUGAUGCCGGAGGUGGUGGGGUUGUUGGUACCACCACAAUAUCUUCAUCAUCAUCACAAUCAAAUUUAAAUCCAUUUUUAAUGGAUGAUAUUAGUGGCUUUGGGGAUGGUGGUGGUGAUAAUAUAUUUGGUGAUAAUACAAUGGUUGAUAAUCCAUUUUUUUCUACAACAGUUACAGCACCAACAACAACGGCACAAAAUCCAUUUGCAUUUGAUGCAAUGGAUGAUUAUGAAGCUACAACAGCAAUAACAACUUCAUCAACAACCACUACAACAAAUAUAUUUGGUAAUGAUGAUCAAAAUAUAUUUACAUCGGCAAUACCACAGCAACAGCAAUCACAAUUAAUAAAUAACGAUGAGGAUUUUAUGAGCAGUGGAGAUAAUACAGCAGCAAUAACACCAACAAUAACACCGAUAAAGCAAGUAAUACCACCAAAUGAAUUAAAUUUACAAAAUAUAACAUCAACAAGUAAUGAAAAUAAUAAACCUAAAGUAAGACCACCACCACCAAGACCUCCUGCACCACCUCCAAUAGCAUCAACAACAGCAGCAACUACAAUAAUAAGUGACAGUGCAAUAAAUGUACCUGUAUCCAAAGAUACAAAAGAUUUAAUAUCAUCAUUUACGGAUACAAUGGAUACACAAACUACAUAUUUAUUAGAUUGUAUACCACGUACAAGAACACCAUCACCUAUAUCAAUGCGUGAUUUACAUUCACCAUCACCAAUCAAUUUAUUAGAUCAAGGAGAAAGUGUUGUGGAUAGCACUGUUGGUGGUGGAAGCGGGGCAAUUGAUGAUUUAGUUGAUGUUGGAGGUUUUGGUGCUAAUACACAACAACCACAGCCUCAAAAACAAGAGCAAUUCAAUUUAUUUGAUAUGGAAAAUGAUGAUUUUAGUGUUAAUACAACAACAAUACCACAAUCAAUAGUAACAUCAACUGCAACAACAACAACAACAACAAAUCAACAACAACAAUCUUUAUUGUUUGAUAAUGAUGAUUUUAUGGUAACUCCAACAACAAUAACAACAACAACUACAGCACCAACAACAAUAGAAAAACCAAAUAUAUGUGAUAUAAAUCAAAAUCAACCAGAGAAUAAUAGCUCAAUACAGCAACCGCAACGACCACCGCCACCAAGACCUGGUCCACCACCAAAACCACCAUUACCAAAAGUAAUACAACAGCAGCAACAACCACAAACAACAAUUAGUAGUAAUUUUAAUAAUAAUAAUGUUAAUAAUAAUAAUAGUAAUAGCAAUAUAAAUGCACAACAAACAUCAACUUCGACGACAUCGGCGCCAACAAGACCAUUACCGCCAAAACCACCUUUGCCAAAGGUGAUUCAGCAACAACUUCCUCCACGACCAAUAUCGCCCAUAAAUGAUUUAACAAAAACAACAACAGCUAAUAACAUAUUCACACCGCCAACAACAGAAAUAAUAAACGAAGCUAAUAUAUUAGACACAACAGUAACAACAACUUCAACAUUAGAUCAAGUAGAUAAUUCAAAUACAAAUCCAUUUUCAUUUCAAGAUGAUACGAAGCUUGUUGAUACUUUAACAAAUACAACAACAAUAACAACAGUAAAUGAUAAUGAUGAUUUUAUGUUAUCAACAGCAGCGCCAACAGCAACAACGACAACAACUACUACACAGUUCAUUGACAAUAUAUUUGAUGCACCACCAAAAGAGGAACCAACAAAGACAGUUACUAGUAACAAUGAUGUAUUUAAUAAUAUAUUUGAGCAACAACAACAACAAACAACGACUGUGGGUGGUUUUAAUGAUUUAUUUGGUGGUGGGGGUAGUAGUACGGAAAACCUCGAUCAACAAUCAACACUUCAGGAUCAAAUAUUUAGCAAUGCCAAUACAAAUAUAAUACCAUCUAAACCACAAUCAAUUUUAGAAAAAUUCCAACGACAAAGUGAAGAAUUUGAUGCAUUUGCUGCUAAAUUUGAAUCUGCAAAAGAUAAUAUAUCAACGGGUGGAGCAAAUGGUGGUAGUAGUGCAUUUGGUAGUAAUAAUACUGAUGCGUUUGAUGCGUUUGGUGGCAGUACCACCACCACUAAUGUUAGUGGUGGGGGUGAUGCAUGGGGUGAUACAAAUAUAAAUACUGGUAGCGGUGGUGAUAAAAUGGGUUUCGGAGUUGACGAUGAUGAGCCGUUUGAUUCAUUUUUAUCAUUGUCAGCACCACCACCGGCUGUUCCACAAAGUACGCCAGCACGAAGUACGAAAUUGGAUUCGGAUUCAGAUGAUGAUAAAGAUUUUGCAGUGUUUAUAAAACCUAAAAAUUUAGAUUUAUCAUCAACAACAGCAGGUGACAAUGUAUCCAUUGGUGGUGGAUUUGUACCAACAUUAGCACCGCCACCAAAAAGUCCACAACAAUCAGCAAUAUCAUCAGCAAUCUCAUCAGAUACAUCACCAAGAUUUAAUCCAUUCGAUCAACAAGAACAACAGUUUGGCGAUUUUACAAGUAUUCCACCACAGUCAGCAAUUAUUGAUGGUGGUUUACCACAAGGAUUGCCACAAUUAGAACGUACCGAUUCCCAAGAAACUCCACCUACACCAUUAUUCGAUGAAGAUACAUCUCAACCCCUAGAAGAAUUUCCACGUAUCCACUAUAAAGGUGAGGGUUGGGAAAUGCAGUUACGUCAACCAAAUAAAAAGAAAAUCACAGGACAACGAUUUUGGAAGAAAAUCUUUAUAAAAAUGGUCUAUCAGGGAGAUAAUCCUGUUUUACAGUUAUACAACGCGGAUAAAACAGAUAAAGAUCCAUUUCAAGAAUUACCUUUACAAGCUUGUUAUAGUGUGUCAGAGAUUGGUGCUCAACAAUACGACCAAUUUGGAAAAAUAUUUACAAUCAAAUUGCAAUAUAUUUUUUAUAAAGAACGUCCUGGAGUUCGACCGGGACAAGUAACCAAGGCAGAACGUAUAACAAAUAAAUUAAGUCAAUUUGCUGCCUACGCAAUACAGGGUGAUUAUCAAGGUGUUAAAGAAUUUGGUAGUGAUUUAAAAAAACUAGGUUUACCAGUGGAACAUGCUCCGCAAAUCUCACAACUAUUUAAAAUUGGUUCGCAAAACUAUGAACACAUGAAAGAAUUCUCGAUGAUGAUUGAAGAAGCUCUAUUUCGUUUAACCGUCCAUCGUGACCGGGCGUUACACUAUAAAAUGGAAGAAGUACAAAUUACUGCUGUUGAUGAAAUUUUCGUCGAACAAAAUGCCGAGGGAGGAGUAGAUAAACAAAUUGCAAGGGUUCGAGUCUUCUUUUUAGGUUUCUUAUCGGGUAUGCCAGAUAUUGAAUUGGGUGUCAACGAUAUGCGACGUCAAGGAAAAGAAGUAGUUGGACGCCAUGAUAUUAUACCGGUGGUUACAGAAGAGUGGAUUCGAAUAGAAAAUUAUGAAUUCCAUGCUUGUGUACAACAAGAGGAAUAUCAAAAAUCACAUAUCAUAAGGUUUAAACCGCCAGACGCUUGUUAUAUUGAAUUAAUGAGAUUUCGGGUACGGCCACCUAAGAAUCGCGAAUUACCAUUACAAUUAAAAGCUGUUAUGUGUGUAACUGGUAAUAAAGUAGAAUUACGCGCAGAUGUCUUAGUGCCAGGAUUUGCUUCACGUAAAUUAGGACAAGUUCCAUGUGAAGAUGUUAUGAUUCGUUUCCCAAUACCAGAAUGUUGGAUAUAUUUAUUCCGUGUCGAGAAACAUUUUCGUUAUGGUUCUGUGAAAUCAGCCCAUAGAAGGACUGGUAAAAUAAAAGGCAUUGAAAGAUUUUUGGGAACUGUAGAAACUUUACAAGAAUCUCUAAUUGAAGUGACUAGUGGGCAAGCAAAAUAUGAACAUCAACAUCGUUCCAUAGUAUGGCGAUGUCCACGCUUACCCAAAGAAGGGCAAGGUGCAUAUACAACCCAUAAUUUAGUGUGUCGUAUGGCAUUAACAAGUUUUGAUCAAAUUCCUGAACAAUUAUCUGAAUACGCAUAUGUUGAAUUUACAAUGCCUGCAACACAAGUUAGUCACACAACAAUACGCUCGGUUAGUGUACAAGGGUCUGAUAGUGAUGAGCCUCCAGAAAAAUAUGUACGAUAUUUAGCUAGGCAUGAAUAUCGUGUUGGUAUUGAACAUACCAAAGGUGAUAGUCCAAAUGCUUACGCCGCUGUAACGGCCGUCAGGCCACCUCCAAUUGCUCCAAUUGCGGAAACUCCAAGUCCUGUACCACCCGUUGCUGAAUCAUCAGACAGUGAUUCUGAUUAAAUUAAUAAUUAGAGAAAGAUUUUUACCGCAAAAAGCGUAUUUUGACAAAUUUACGCAAGUUAUCGUUAACUUUUUUUAAGCUGACUGUGGACUCUGGCGAAACAUAUUAUAAAAAAUAUAUAUUCUAAGGUCAAAAGCAAAAUAUUGUCUUGUUUAGCAAUUUUAGCCAAUAUUCAAACGAAUAUAUUUAUAUAAUUUUGCCUUAUAAACAAGUAUAUUUUGAACGAUCAACGUCCUUCUUGUGGACUCUAAAUUAGAUUCUCAUAUAGACAAGUGAUAUUCUAAACUUAUCUCAAGCAUUAUUAGAUUUUUCAAAAAUGCACAUACUCAACUUAAACUUAAACUUAAAGUUGCUACACAAAGAUUGCCCUAAUAAAUAUUUAGACCAAA